AUGUGCACUGGUAGGGCCCUCAAGCUCAACAAGCCCUUGAUGCUAGCAGUGGCUUCCAUUCUCUGCCCCCAAUCCGAGCACAAGUUGGGUUUGGUGGUGAGCAAUGUGAAAAAGCAGGUCAAGAAGAUGCGAGAGGAUCUCUUAAUGGAGGCCGAUCCAGCUUCUGUGCAUUGCGAGGGGCAUGCCAUAAAGGGCUUCCAGACCCUCAUCAACAAGAGGUUGUUCGCCUCCAAGAAGAAAAGGGAUGCAGCUCUGGAAGACCUUUUUGCUGUGUACCGGAAGCACUGGAGACCAACUCAAGAAGAGAUCGAUCGUGCAAAAGCCCGUGGCAUCAAGUUGUGGUGUGUGGAGGGUCAAGGUGAGGGCGAUGAGGGCGAGAGCAAGGGAAAGCAAAUGGUUGCGGCCGAGGGUGAUGACGACGAGGGGUGGUAUUAUUAUGAGGAGGGAGAGGAGGAAGAAGCAGUGGAAGAGGAUGCUUAUAUGGACGAUUCUCAAGACUCUACCGCUGAUCGAGAGUUGGCCAGGAAACUAGGAGUUCCAGAGGAGUCCUUAACUUCCGCCCCUGAGCCCGCUGUGAUGCCCGCCUCCGCUUCUACGCCGACGACCGUCGUGGCUCCAGUCGCCCCCGCAGCUGCCCAAUCGAUUUCGGACUACCUUGCUGGUGCAUACUGGGGUUCACACUUGUCACCGGUGAAACCUCGGCCGACAGACAACGAUGGAAGCUCACCCGAAUCGUUCAGGAGCCCUCAGUCAACCGUGGCCCCUACAGUGCCCGUGGCAGGCCAUACGAAUGCUACACCGGGUGUCGAGUCUGAGAAGCCCCCAACAGCCGAGCCCAUGGAAGCAGAAGCUGCUGAUCGCCAGCUUCGGGCCGAAC